ACCUAGCCCCGCCUUCCAAUGGCAAUGUCUUCACACAUGUUAAGGAAAGCUUAUCAGAAAGGAACUUCUUUCUCAUUUAGAGCCUUCCAACCAGCCGCUCUCUCGAGGAGCUACUCUGAUACAACCACCAUACCUUCCACACAGACCAUUGAAGCCCCGUAUGAUGCUGUCAUUGUUGGAGGAGGACACAAUGGGCUUGUUGCUGCUGCAUAUCUAUCUAAAGCAGGAAAGAAAGUUGCCGUUUUUGAGAGACGUCAUGUUUUAGGAGGUGCAGCUGUGACUGAGGAGAUUGUUCCUGGAUUUAAGUUCUCACGGGCUUCGUAUUUACUGAGUUUACUAAGACCAGUUGUAUUUAAAGACCUCGAGCUAAAAAGACACGGAUUAAAUUUCUAUUUCCGUGAUCCCAACUCCUUCACUCCGAUCAUCAACAGUAAUGAGAGUCUUUUGUUGGGCGGAGACCAAAACAAAAAUAGAAAAGAAAUAGCUAAGUUUUCGGUGAAGGAUGCUGAGGUUUAUGGAGAUUAUGAAGAAUGGCUAGAAAGACUAAGUUAUAGUCUUGAUCCUCUCUUGGAUUAUGUUCCUUUCAAUUUGUCUCACAUUAACUCGAGCAGCUGGAGAGAUCGUGUUCAAGUAAUCAGAUCAAUGAUACCUUUUGGGAAAAUGUUGUCUAGUCUGAAAACUGACUUGCCCAGUUUCUAUGACCUGGUAAUGUCGCCAGCCUCCAAGGUGUUGAACAGAUGGUUUGAGAGUGAUGUCCUCAAGGCUACUCUAGCUACUGAUGCUGUUAUAGGAGCACUACUGAGCCCUUACUCUGUUGGGAGUGGGUAUAUAUUACUCCAUCAUGUGAUGGGGGAAAUGGAUGGUGUCCGUAACGCGUGGUGCUAUGCUGAAGGAGGAAUGGGCUCAGUAUCAGCUGCCAUAGCUCGAUCAGCUUUAUCAAGUGGAGCUCAUCUCUUUACAGAAAAACCAGUGAAAGAGGUACUAGUUGUUGAUGGAAAGGCUAAAGGUAUACUCUUAGAAGAUGGGACUCAAGUUGAAGCUAAAGUAGUACUCUCAAAUGCAACUCCACGCAUCACAUUUGAAACCUUGCUACCUCAAGGAACACUUUCUGAAUCCUUCCAGAAGAUUCUCUCAUCAUACGAUUACACAUCAACUGUAACUAAAAUUAACGUUGCUCUUAAAGGUUUGCCGCAGUUCAUAGCAUCACCAGCUGGUUAUACUCCCUCCUCCUCUUCCCCUGGUCCUCACCACAGAACAACCAUUCACCUCAACACUGAGAGCAUGGAUCAGCUGCACGAAAGCUAUGUGGACGUAUUGCAAGGAAACUGGUCCAGAAAACCCCUUAUAGAAAUGUGUUUGCCCUCUGCACUGGACCCUACGUUAGCUCCCAGUGGUUGUCAUGUUGCUUCUCUCUUCACUCAAUACACUCCUUAUUCACCAGCUGGUUAUACUGAGACUAGUAGCAGCUGUUGGAGCAGUGAAGGAAAAGAGAAAUAUACACAAUUAGUGUUUGAUAAGAUUGAAGAGUAUGCCCCUGGAUUUAAAGACUUAAUUAUUGACUGGGAGACACUCACUCCUCCCGAUCUUGAGAGAAUAUUUGGACUAACUGGAGGAAAUAUAUUCCAUGGCUCAUUGUCAUUGUCUCAGUUGUAUGUGAACAGACCGACAAGUUUGAAUCCAUCUUAUACCUGCCCUGAUGUAGAGGGACUCCUCCUCUGUGGCAGUGGAGCCCAUCCUGGUGGUGGUGUUGUUGGUGCAGCUGGAAGAUUAGCAGCUCAAACCGCCAUUAAAAUAUUGAGGUAGUGACAAGUUUAGAAGUAAUUUUUAUACUUAAUUUAAUUAUUUUUAUAAUUUUUAUUUUAAUGAAUAUUAAUUUUAAUUAAUUAAUAAUUAAU